GCCUCAUAGUCACACAGUGACAUCCCUUUGUGGAACGUUGCUGUAAAAAACCUUCACUUCAGCACAUCACCUCUGGCAGGUGCAUAGACAAGUCCCGAGACAAUUUUAUUCAAAGUUUACAAUGGAGAAGGAAGAAUUUUCGACAGUUCAUGGGAAUUUGCGGAUUCAAGAUGCUUUUGGCAUUUCUAGGACUCCUGACUGUGUUGUACCUACUGACUUGCAGCUCAGCAAACAUCUUGAAGUUUCGUCCACUGAUCUCAACAGUCUGGUCACAACACAGUUCAGACCAAAACGUUUCAACAGCUUACUACUUACUUCAGUGGCAGUCAAAUUCUACACUAAAACAUUCUAGCACUAACUCCACGCUUAAGUACAAUGGGACAACUACUCAAAGACCGUGUUGCCGAGAACAUUCUUCAACAACAUAUUACCUACGUCACUUCCGAUCGAGAUUUAUAGUUGAUCCUACCAGCCAUCAACUGACGCUUGAUCAAAGGAACCUCCCUGAUUUAUCCUUCUCUAAAGUAAGGACUGACAGUAGAGCCUCUGCUGUUAACAAUAAGUUGAUUGUAUGGUACAACAUGCCUGAGUGGAUGAAAAGAAGGUCGGAUGCUGAGUUGUUUGGCCACUGUCCAGUCAGCACGUGCAACUUGUCCACAAACUUUAGUGCGGAUAGAGCCGCUGGCGACGCUGUGGUGUUUCACGACGCUCCAUCACACAUACCAGUGCCAACUCGAGCUUUUCCUGACCAGGUGUAUGUCUUCUUCAUGUUAGAACCGCCGCCGAUUGCUGGAUCUGCGUAUCGAAACACACCGUGGAACUCAGUUUUCAAUUGGACAUGGACCUACAGGCAGGAUGCCGAUAUAAAGAAGACAUACUUCCUUCUGGAGAGUUCUCGACAGUUGCCAAAUAUUAGUUUCCUAAAAGAUUUAGUUCGAAGGAAGGAAAAGCCUGCGGCAUGGUUUGUUUCUAACUGCGAUAGGGACCAAGCCCAACGACUACGUUACGUUGAGAGACUGAAGGAAGUUCUCCCUGUGGACGUAUAUGGACGAUGUGGGACUCUGCACUGCACAACCUGGGCCAAAGAAUGCGACACCAUGCUUACAAAGUACUUUUUCUAUCUUUCAUUCGAGAACUCCUUUUGCCAGGAUUACGUGACAGAGAAGUUUUCUCGAGCCUUCUUGAAGGAUGUGUACGUGGUUCCUGUUGUGCGCGGUGGGCUGAACUACUCUCACCACUUUCCUGAAGGAAUUUUUAUCAACGCCGAUGAUUUUAACAGCCCAGAAGAACUGGGGAUGUAUCUGAAAAAGCUUAUGAUGGACGAAGACGCCUACAUUGACAUGUUGUGGCGAAUCGCUCAUUUUAUCAUCAAAUCUUACGAUGAUCCUGACCAGUUCUCGUGGUGCCAGUUGUGUGACAAGCUACACAGGCUGCAGGACAAUGCCAAGACGUAUCCAGACCUCUUUGAAUGGUACCACAGUGGUAAAUGCCGACCACCAAGGAAAUUCUAGAGCUUGGUACAGUUCGUGGCAUACACUGGUGAUGGUGCGAUGUGGACACAACUUUUUUUCUUUUAUUCGUUCAGACGGCUGAACAGGCAGCUCAUCAGCUCGACCUUUUCAUCAAAUAUUAAUAACAAAUGGGCAAAAGCAAGGCGCAAUAUCUUUUUUCUAUUUCUUUACAAGCUGCACUCAUUACUAUAAUUUCUAACAGGAAAGAAAAAUGAUGUGGCCAUUGAUCAAAGGGAAAUAACUCAAGAAAUAACGAUUCAUCGCGACAACCGCCAAUUUACUUCCCUUGGAAUAUGAAGCGAGUAUUACCGUCUACUUUGCUUAAUCACAUUGUUUGCUAUGAAACCGUUUUAAAUUUUUUUUUAUUUUAACGAAUUUCCCUACUUGUGGCCUCUUACUGUUUUAAGAAAGUACUUUUACUUGCUUUAAGGCUAUCGAAAUUAGGAAUCAUUGAUACACUUCUCUUGAAGAUGACAAAGUAAAUAAAAUAAAAGAAAUUUAAGUGUCACCAAUGUGAGGAAGCUGUAUGACUAAGUUAGAACAACUCAAUAAGCAGUUUUUAUGUUUGCAGAUGCAAUUUGAGAAGUUCUGAUUCAUUUUAAUUGAGCAUUUUCUUCGAGCAGCCUCACAACCAAAAGAGUUUGCGCUCUAAGCGCUAGUAAAAGUAAUAAAGCAAAUGACAUCAACACACGCGCUAACAAUGGCAUGUCAUCAUACUCAACCACACACACUAAACCACCAAUUAGUAGGCUAAAAAUACAUUUGUAAUUAACUAGUUGGAAAUCAAGUAUUGAAGAGCACAUUUGACCAAUGAAAACACACAUCUGAAUCGGCGGUCACUAGUGGAUUCUAAGGUGGGCUAAGUGGGAAUGUGUAGAGUAGAGCACGCAUACGAACACACACACACACACCCACACACACACGCCAACAAACACACACACAGCUCGAACUAAGAUGAAACUUCAUUUAUCCAAGAUGGCAGUUAGGGUUAGCUCGACAUGAAAACACAA